AUGGUAAUUCUGGAAGAUUUCGGGGAUCAGCUAAACCGUAUCUACACUCCCCUCCUCAUCCUCCUGUUAGCUGCAGCUGCAAUGACCAACGUCUAUUUCCUGCCCCAAAUCUCCUGCAACAUUCCCACCUUACCUGCUGAUGACUUUCGAGGUUUCGCGGAGUCGGUCUGCUGGAGUCGUGGUGCCAUCGGUGUGGAUAAGGAUGAAGAAAUGCCGGGUGACGAGGUGGAAUGGGAGAAACUGCAGGGAAGGCGUGCUAUCUCAUUCCAUCAAUGGGUACCAUUCUGUCUGUCAAUUCAAGCAAUUCUCUUCUAUCUGCCACACUUGAUUUGGAAGGUCCUAUGCACUAGUUCUUUCGGUGACAACCUCAACUAUCUUGUCACCCGCGCAAAAGCAGCUGGACGUUGUGAGGAGCAAGCGGUGAGAGCGAAAUUCGUUCGAGCCUGUGCCGACCAUCUGUAUCUCCUCUCUCGACAACACUUCAGUACCAGCACGAGCAUCUGGUCACGUGUUCAAGACAGUCUCUGCUCUCGUCAGCCUUGCAGAAGUUGCUGUUUUGUGAAGAGGCGAAUGGGUAAUCAUUCGGUAAUCUACUACCUGCUCAUGAAGGCCCUCUACAUCACAAACUGCAUUGGGCAGAUGUUUGCAAUUGUGUGUUUUCUGGGACCCAACAACACCUACAGAAGUAGUCUUGGAGGGUUUACUGAACGUCUACUCGGUUUCGCAGCCAGCUAUGGUGAAUGGGGUGGAAGCCAAUUCCUGCCGCACCAAGCCCUCUGUCCUGUUCGUGUUCCACAUCUGGGUGUUCGAUCACAGACCUACACUGCGAUCUGUGCACUCACUAUGAAUGUGUUGAACGAGAAGAUAUAUCUCUUCUUGUGGAUGUGGAUCCUGGCUGUCCUAGCGGUGACCGCAAUCACGACAGUUGCAUGGAUGUGGCGUCUGCUAGUGCGAGCUCAUAGCAACUCCUAUUUGCGAGCAUUUCUAUACACCUCCCUUCUGGCCCCGCCCCCGUUUCGAAGCUCAGAUACGAUGGAGGUGGUGGAAGUGGGAGGAGGUGUCUACCAGACAGCUAGUUUGGACGGUGCGUUGGUGGAACGAUUCCUGACUGAAGUGGUUGGCAAUGAUGGCAACCUGAUGAUACGGAUGUUGCGAUGCAAUGCAGGAGAUAUCGUGACUGGAGAAAUAUUUGUCACUUGGUGGUGGAUGUUCAAGGCGAUGGAAAGAAGUCACGACGUGCGGAAAGUGAAAGCUGGGUUUCUAGUGAAAGACGCCGGAGACACCCGGCUGCUCCUGUCUCGCCUAUAG